CAAGCUCCCGGUGUAGUGUAUCGAACAGUGAAGCGGAGGCAGUGUUGGAAGGGCGACGUUGGAAUUGUUGAAGGAGAUUGCUGCUGGAGCUCAGAUCUGACCUCCCGAUGUAUCACGGCGCUGGUCGGUUUCUUUGAGCUGCAGCAGAGAAGGAGCUCAGUGGACUGUUCCCAAUGCCACCUCCGUCCGACAUUGUGAAGGUGGCAAUCGAGUGGCCAGGAGCUAAUGCCCAGCUGAUUGAGAUAGACCAGAAAAAGCCACUGAUUGCAAUCAUCAGAGAGGUUUGUGAUGGGUGGUCCUUGCCCAACCCAGAAUACUACACACUGCGUUAUGCUGACGGGACUCAGCUAUACAUCACUGAGAAGACUCGUAAUGAAAUCAAAAAUGGGACAAUUCUGCGGCUGGCUAUUUCUCCGAACCGAGCAGCCCGCCAGCUGCUGGAGAGGAUCCAGUCCUCGUGCCUGGACUCGCGGCUCGACGCUUUGAAGGAACUGGCCAAGCUGUCAGCUGAUGCCACUUUUGCCACUGAAUUUAUCAACAUGGAAGGGAUUUUUAUCCUCAUGUUGCUGGUGGAGAGUGGAACCAAUUUUGGGGAAAUGCUGGCCUUCACGCUGACAGCCUUCCUGGAGCUCAUGGACCACGGCAUCAUCUCCUGGGAUAUGAUCUCCACUGCUUUCAUCAAACAGAUUGCAAGCUACGUUAACCAAACAACAGUGGAUGUUUCCAUCUUGCAGCGGUCGCUGGCAAUUCUAGAGAGCAUGGUGCUGAAUAGUCAGAGCCUGUACAAAAAGGUGGCUGAAGAGAUCACUGUUGGACAGCUGAUUGCACACCUUCAGGUAUCAAACCAGGAGAUCCAGACGUAUGCAAUUGCACUGAUCAAUGCUUUGUUCCUGAAAGCACCAGAGGACCGAAGGCAGGAAAUGUCUAACGUCCUGGCACAGAAGCAGCUACGAUCCAUAAUAUUAAAUCACAUCAUUCGAGGAAAUCGGCCAAUAAAAACAGAAAUGGCACACCAGCUUUACGUGCUUCAAGUUUUGACGUUUAAUCUGCUGGAGGAGCGGAUGAUGACCAAAAUGGACCCUCAGGAUCAGUCACAAAGGGAUAUUAUAUUUGAACUUCGAAAAAUUGCUUUUGAUGCUGAAUAUGACCCCAACAGCAGCAGCAGCCUUGAGAAGCGCAAAGCCAUGUACACGAGGGAUUACAAAAUGCUGGGAUUCGUGAAUCAUGUCAAUCCGGCCCUGGACUUCACCCAGACUCCUCCUGGAAUGUUGGCACUGGACAACAUGUUGUAUCUGGCCAAGGUCCAUCAGGACAUGUACAUCAGGAUCGUCCUGGAAAACAGCAGUCGGGAGGACAAACACGAAUGUCCUUUCGGACGCAGCAGCAUCGAGCUGACCAAGAUUAUGUGUGAAAUCCUGCAGGUUGGAGAGCUGCCUAACGAAGGUUGCAAUGAGUACCACCCUAUGUUUUUCACCCACGACCGAGCAUUCGAGGAGUUCUUCUGCAUCUGCAUCCAGCUGCUCAACAAAACGUGGAAGGAAAUGAGAGCCACUUCAGAAGACUUUAACAAGGUGAUGCAGGUGGUACGUGAGCAGAUCACGAGGUCCCUGGGCACAAAGCCAAACUCUCUGGACCAGUUUAAGAAUAAAGUCCGUUGCAUGAGUUACUCUGAGAUCCUGAGGCUACGUCAGUCUGAGAGAAUGAGCCAGGAUGACUUCCAGUCGCCACCAAUCAUUGAGCUGCGGGAGAAAAUUCAACCGGAGGUGAUGGAGCUUAUAAAACAGCAGCGCCUGAACCGACUUUGUGAGGGCACUAGCUUCCGUAAAAUUAGCAAUCGCAGGCGGCAAGAUAAAUUCUGGUAUUGUCGACUGUCUCUCAAUCAUAAGGUUUUACAUUAUGGAGAUCUGGAUGAGAACCCGCAAGGCGAAGUGGCCUUUGAGUCGCUGCAGGAAAAAAUUCCUGUUGCGGAUAUCAAAGCUGUGGUAACUGGGAAAGACUGUCCCCAUAUGAGAGAGAAGAGUGCCCUAAAACAAAAUAAGGAAGUCCAAGAGUUGGCUUUCUCAAUCCUACAUGACCCUGACGAGGCCCUAAACUUCAUAGCUCCAAACAAGUAUGAGUACUGUAUCUGGACUGAUGGAUUAAAUGCCCUUCUGGGAAAAGAAAUGACCAGUGAACUGACCAAGAAUGAUCUGGAUACUCUGCUGAGUAUGGAAAUUAAACUUCGGCUGUUGGACCUGGAGAACAUACAGAUUCCAGAGGCGCCUCCUCCCAUUCCCAAAGAGCCCAGCAGCUAUGACUUUGUGUAUCACUAUGGCUGAACAGUUGUGUGACCAGCACCUGGCAAGCACAAAAGAAAAUGAAUUAAAAACAAUGAAUGAUGCCCUAUUUCAACAGUUGUUAGAAAGAUCUCCCUUUGUUAAGAAACAUGCUAAGUUCUGUAAUCUGUGGUAAAACAGCAUAACAAGGAGCAAAAGAGCAGCAUAUUGUAUUUCUCAUCUGCAGUAGGGUCUCAGACAGAAUACUGGUCCCUUUUUAAAAAGAGUUCUAUGCUCAAUAUUUUUGACAGCUAUAGGAAUUUGGUGAAUAAUGUGAUUUGGUACAGUGAAGUUUAUAUGUUGGUUAAUGUUCUAUCAAGUUAACUAGAUUUUUUCACUGUAUUUAGACAAUCCUCUAUCAAACAUUAUUCCACCAUUUGGAUUCUGUUUGUGUAUUUAAUCCUGUACGCAACAAAUAUUUACUAAGAGAGCCUAUGCACUUUCUGUUACAUGGGAGUAUCUUCAAAAUUGUUGUGUGAGAAUGCUUCCUGAUGUUUGACGGCUUUAACCGAUCUCCUUAGUCAAAAUUUAUUCUUCAUCUGAAUUCUGCUGGCAAGCCAUUGGCUUUCCAGUUGUGAAGGGAGAUGCAAAGACAACUGGAAAAGCUGGCAAAAAUGAUGGGGAGAAGGGUCAUGAUUGAACAUUAACCUGUUCUAUGAUACAAUGUUGUUCAUAGUCUGCUCAAACUUCAAUUUUUCUCUUUUAAUGUGAUUUAUGAUACAAGUCUAUUUACAUAUGCCAAGGCCCUAUAAUGUUUUAAAGUCUAUGAGCGCAUGUUACACACAUGUGUUGUACAGCGCUAGGCAUGCUUAAUACCAUUUGAACUUUGGGAAAGACUAUCACUUCCCAUCUCUGCCUUGGUUCCAGCUUUCGAUCUGGGACUUUUUGCCGAAGAAUUAAAUGGGUACUUGAAGAGAUUAUGCUGCAGACACUAAAAGUACUUAUUUUGUGUUGGCAAAGUUUAUGAGUAAAUUUGACUAGAUUAUGGGCACUGAACUCAAAUAGUACUUGAAUAAUAAACAAGCAUACAGAUUCAAACAUCAUUAAAAUUAUUACUGAAUUAAGCUAGUCAAUAAAGAUUCUUUGCUUUAGAUAGUUCCAAUGUUACCAUAUUUAAGGUAACCAUUAAUCCUUAGUUAUAGAUAUUCCACUUGAAUCAGAAAUAAUUUUAAUCUUAAGGCAAUGUAAAUACUGUAGGGAGAUUUACUGUUAACAAAGGCAAACUUGUUUUAUUGUAAUCAGAAAAAGAUCAUUCUCCUCCCUCUUGCAUAAUUGGUCCUUACACUCAAUUUACAUUCCUCCCACUUUCUCUAAACCCAAGGUGUAGCCAUGGGCACCCAUAUGAACCCCAGCUAUGCUUGCCUUUUUUGUUGACUACAUGGAACAGUCUUAUGUUCCAAUCCUUCAUUUGUAACACUCCCCAAUUCUUUCUGCUCUGCAUUGCUUUGUGCAUCUAUGGAAUUCAUCAGCUUUACCUCCAACUCCCACCUUGUCCUCAGAUUCAAUUGGUACAUCUCUGACACCUUUUCCUUCUUUUUCGAUCUAUCUCUGUCUCCAUCUCUGGAGACAAACUGUCUACUGACAUCUUUUAUAAACCUACUGACACCCACAGCUAUCUUGACCAUCCCUCAGAAGCUAUUGCCUUUUCUCAAUUCAUCCAUCACUGUCGCAUCUGUUCUCAGGAUGAGACUGUCCAUUCCAGAACAUCUAAGUUGCUGUCCUCCAUCAAAGAAUGGGGUUUCCCUUCCUCUGCCAUUGAUGCUGUCCUCACCCCCAUUUCCUCCAUUUUCCAGGCAUCUGCCCCUACCCCAUCUUACCAGUGCCACUUGUCCUUACCUGCCAUGCCACAACCCCGUGUACCCAGCACCUAAUCCUCUCUGUCUUCUGCCAUCUUCAAUGGGAUCCUACCAGUAAACACCCCACCCUUCCACUUCCCACAGCAAUCAUGCUCCCCGUGACUUAUUGGCCCUCCUUCCCUCCCCAUGGAUCUCCUUCCUGGCACUUAUCCCUGCAAUCCAGACAAGGGCUACGCCUGCUCCCUCACUGUCAUUCAGGGCUCCAAACAGUCUAUCCAGGUGAGGCAACACUUCACUUGCAAGUCUGUCGGGGUCAUCUACUGCACCUGGUGUUCCCAGUACGGUGACCUCUACAUUGGCAAGGCCCUACAUAAACUGGGGGGACCACAUUGUUGAGUGUCUUCACUCAGUCCGCAGUAGAUAGGAUUUCCCAUUCUACUUCGCAUUCCCAUGGUCUCCUGUACUGCCAAGAUGAGGGCAUAGUCAGGUUGGCAAAGCAACGCGUCAUAUUCCAUCUGGAUAGUUUCCAACCUGAUGGCAUGAACAUCAAUUUCUCCAACUUCCGAUAAUUUCUUCCCCUGUCCCGUCCCCCCAUUCUGCCUCCUUCUCGUCUCUUCACCUAUCCAUGCCCUUCCUCCUUCCCUUUCUCCCAUUGGUCACUCUCCUCUCCUAUCAAAGUCCUUCUUCAGCCCUUACCUUUUCCACCUAUCACGUCCCAGCUUCUCACUUCAUCUCCCCCUCCUCUCCCCACCCACUUUCCCCCUCACCAGCCAGCUUCUACUCUUUCCCCUUCUCCCCCACCCCACUGUCUUAUUCUCACCUUCCUUUCCAGCCCAUAGCAUUGACUGCUUAUUCCCCUCGAUAAAUACUCUACGACUUGCUGAGUUCCUCCAGCAUUUUGAGUGUUUCCAGGCUGGAAACAAUUUCAUGGUUGGUGUCUCUGCUGUAACCAUCUUACUAUUAUCUCAGCUGAACUUCAACUGACAGAUCUGAAAUUAUUUACUCUACUUAAUUAUGGGUUGCUGGAAGACAAGAAUGUGACAACUGUAACCAAUUCAAAAUGUUGCUUCAGCUGUCUGUUUUUCUGUUUGAAAUAGUAAUUGACACUGUAGAGAAAUUGGUGAGUUACAAAGUAUUAAGAGCAAUGUGCACAGGUUCGUACUGUAUCUUCUUAGCUCCAGUUGUCUAAAGUGGAGAAUGUGGUUCUUCAGAUAUUUCAUAUUUAUCAGCAUUAGACAGAAUGUUGGCAAUUUACAAAUGACAGAGUUCAUGUUACAUUGAGUAAGUUUUUAUCUUCAAGAUGAAUGACAAGGCUGUUUGGGACUAAUUCAAAAGCUUUAGAAAACUAUUAUAUCUGCUUAUACGUACCGCACUGUGGUCUGCUUAGCAAAGGGUAACGUGCACAAAGCAUGUGGGCCAUCUAACUGAGCUGUAUGCAAAAUAAUUUAAAUUACAUAUUAUAAAGAGGCUUUAAUUUUUAAAAAAUUGUACCUAAAAUCUGAUUUCAGUACUGAAGAUUUGGGAAGUAAUUUUUUUAUGGGUGAUACCACCUAAUAUUCUAACUAAUAUGAAGGACAGAGAAAGAAAGGGAAAAUGUGAAAAUACUGACAAUAAGACAGUUACUACAAAUCUAGUCCAGAUUAUUUCAGUUUUAAGCCUUUUCCUGUUCUUGUGCAUAAUAUAUGAACAAAACAGUGGCCUUUCUGCGGAUUUUUGCUCAUCUUUAUCAUGGUAGGGAUACAGAGCAAGUAACAUGAAUGUGUUUGUCUCAGCAUUUAGCAAUUAAGGUGAAAAGAAUAAAUUGUUCUAAAUACUUGCUUUUAAAAGAAUAUGCCACCAUUUUAGAAGGGAAUUUGCUGUUUCUCCCACAACCUCUGCUAUUCAAACACGUGGCUUAAUGCACUUGUGUAAUUCAAGGCAAUUGAGUUGAAACAAGCUUACUGAAAGCCACUUGGUUUACCCUAGUGAGGUAGAAAGCUUGUUAAAAAUGCAAAGGGAUCUCCAGUAGAUGUCAGCAAGCAUACUUCUUUUAAAUUAAGUUCAACUCUCCAUUGGAAACAGUGAAAAAGCUGAAAUUUUAAACUCACUGCCAGCAAAAGAAUUUAACGUUUGUAACAAUCUCAGAUGAGUGGGAGGUACAGUGAGUGAAACUUUUUAAUCGCAUUUUGGGAGAAUAUUUGUCUGUUAAACUGUUCAUUGGUCAGUGUUAUAAUAGCUGUUAAGAAAAAAAAUGAAAUGGAAAUAAUUACACUGAAAUCUAUAGUAAGUCUUCAUUUUUGUACAGAACGUAUUGGUUAACUAUCAGUAUGUGCACUGAGCCAGUGAUGUUGGAAUAUUACUACAUGUGUUCCAUCUCUCUCAACUGUGUGCUUUGUUUGAUUGUAUGUUCCAUUUGCAAAGAGCUGAAAAUACAGGGCAUCUUGGAUACAUUCAGCAGAAACAAUUAUCCACCUCUCACCUAAAACAACACUAAGUUUUUAUCUCUUCAUUGCCAUCUCCAUUUAAUUGCCUUUGGCAGCAAAAUUCUAAUACAGGACAUUAUGAUGUCAAAGUCUUUCUCAAGUGUCUUUUUAAGCAAAGCCAUAUCAAGAGUUGGUGACCCAAGUCCAUCACAAUACUUUCUCACCUCAUUCAACUCAAAUUAGAUUUUCAUUGUCUUCACAUCUCCACUUUCUCAUUCAAAGGCUAUUGAAUGAACUUCCUAAUUCUCUGACUGCACUGUUUUAUAAAUGGAUUGUUGCCAUACAGAAGUCCAUAUUUACAAAGAGGGUUGAUCGGGGGAAAUAAAAACGGAACUUUCUGGAGCUCUCAGAAUUAACAUUUCAUGUUGAUCACUUCUGAUCAUAAUUCUUGUCUCUCCUCUGCAUUUCUUGUGAAAUGCUCAGAAAUAGAACAUCUAGAAAAAUAUAGGUUUUUAUUCAAGUAUUUUUUUAACACUACUCAAUCUGGGCUCUCUUUAGAUAGAAGAAUUGGCUUCUGGACUGGGAUCUGGAAUGGGACUGGGAAAACUCUCUUUCUAAGAACUUUUAGGGGACCUUCAUCUGUGCCAAUAUAUUCAAUGCUCUUGAGUAUGUUUAUCGUACAAGAUAAAAGCAGAUGCACAAGGUCAUAACCAGCCAUGUAGAAAGGCUGCAAUACUACUAAUGACAAGAUCCAGUUUUCAAAGCCACUGCUGUGACAACAGCAGAUAUUCCCCCAGCCCCCCUCCUUUUUUGGAUUAUAACUAAUUAUGAUGCAUUUUAACAAGGCUUUCAGUGAUGAGUAUUGUCUUAGAACUCUGAAACACAAAAACUAAUUCGAAGGAAAACACAGAGCCAGGAAUAACUUGUUUAGCAAGAGGCGCAAAUAUGGUGUAGUGGUGUGGUGACUUGCAAUUUACAUACUUUUACAUAUAAUCUGCAAUGCAUUAUGUAAGCAACAAAGAAUGCUUAAUCAAAUGCAUUUACAAUAUUAUUCAAAUAACACUGAAAUAUUAAAUAUACAAAUCUCUCCCUGCUUAGCUCUAAACUGCAACUCAAUAUGGAAUGCAUCUAUCUCUGGCUCUCCCUGCAUGUCAUUUUAACUUGUCCCAUUCAGGCCUAAAGAUUUAAUCAGUGUAGAGGAUCUCUUACUCUUGUGAGAUAAUAUCUUUCCUGUCAAGGGAUCACACUGCUUUGUAGGAGAGACUUCUGAUUGUGAAGCAAUCUUGGGUUCUGGGGCUUCCUUUGUGGUGGUUGUAGAAGUUGACUCUGACUGCAAGAAGUGGUUCUGACAGCUCUGGUUAUGUUCUUCAGGACAUGUUGGCACCUGAACAGUGCAUGGCAAGCUUCCCCGAAUGUGAGUACCGUGUCUGGCAUCACCAUUUCCUUUACCUCUCACUGCUUUGCCCAUCGCCAUUUCUUCUUGAUCUGUAGUAAUGAGUUCAAGGGGUGGAACACUGUAGCCAAACCCUGUUAUAAUUGACAAACUCACCCUGUUAUAAUAGACAAACUCUAAGAAGGACCAUGACUGUGGCAUGUCCUUUGGCCUUGGGACAUCCACCACUACUUGAAUUUUCUCAGCAUCUUUGUGUAAUCCUUGUGUGUCAAUUGUAUGACCACAGAAAGUGAGGCUUGGUUUUAAGGAAUUCACACUUGUCAUAUCAUGCUCUGAGCCCAUAAUCUUCUAAUCUCUUUAACACUGUUAUGAGAUUUUGGGGAUGCUCCUUGACAUCCUUGCCUA